CAUCAUUGACGGCGGAGACAGGGGUUAUUACAUUAAAACUCUAAAUCGUGACAGCGCGCUUGCAUAUUAAUUAGGCAAAAACGUAUAUAGUUAAUAUUAAUGAGAACUUGCUUCAGAAAGGUAUAUAAUACCAACAGAUCAUCCCGGUGAACACGCGAACGAAGUUAGCUCCUUAGUCAAGUCAUCUACCAUUACGGGGGGCCUACAUCUGGCAGAAUGACUUAACAAUCACAGGGAACGUAACAUUUCGGAGCUCUUCUUUUAGUUGAAUGUUCAUGAGAGCUGACUUUAUUCAACAAUAAUGGCAAAAUUUGAACUUUUACCUGUUUUGCUUUCGUUUCUGUACAUUUGGAUUUUAUUCUCGCCUUCAUUGGGCCAAGACGAAGCUGCAGGGCCUGUCGAUACAGAGAAAAUUCCCGGUGUCGAUUAUGCAUCUAACAUGAUGGCGUCAAAUGCUACCUCGAGUAACGUGACGACUGGUGAAGAGAUUGUCGAUAGCAACAGUGCUAUUCCUAUGAACACUACAGAUUUAGACAACAGCACGGCGACCAACGUUACGGCGGGUACCGGGAACGCUAUAACUAUAACAGACGACCUUAACACGAAUUCUAGCCUUGUUAACACCACUUCUGGUUCUGUAUCAUUAGACGGAAAUACAACGCUAUCUGACAAUUCUACUUUAACCUUAUCGGAUGUUAACUCGACGGCAUCAGAAAACAGUACAUUCGUGGAUAAUAUUACCACACUUUCAAAUAGUAAUGCAGCUAUUUCCGACAAUAAUGCAACAAUAUCGGAAAGUAACAUAACUACAUCAGAUGGCAAUAUGACAACUUCUGACUUUAAUGUAACGAGUUCGGUUAACAAUUCAACCAUGUCGGAUGAUAUGACUAAGUUCAACAACAUGACUAUGUCAGGAAAUAUGACUUUGUCAGGAAAAAUGACCAUGUUAGAAAAUAUGACGUCAGAAAAUAUGACAGCAGUUAACGGUGAUGAUUUGUUUUCCGUGAAUGUGACAACAAACAAUGACACAGACAUCGUUAUUGGAGGGAUCAUAAACUCAACGUUUCUUGUUGACUCAAAUACUACUUCCAGUAGUGACACUGGCACGGGCACUUCUGGCACAGACACCGGCACGGGCACUUUCAAUGCAGACACCGGCACGGGCACUUUCAAUGCAGACACUGGGACGGGCACUUUCAGUGCAGACACUGGGACGGGCACUUCCAGUACAGACACUGGGACGGGCACUCCAGGUACAGACACAGACACGGUCAAUGAGGGCUUUGGGGACAAUACAGGUCAGGCCACCUUCGACAACCCACCAAGCGGGGGUGUUGACCCGUUCGAAGAUCCUUUUGGCAAUCCAUUCGGCGAUGGUACCGACAGUGGUGAUCCUUUCGGGGAGGAGCCCUUUGGCCCCGAAAAUCCUACAUUUGACUUAUGUACUGAGCCACCAUGUGAGCCCUCCAUUUUACCCGCCACUACCCCUAAACCUGUUACCCAACCCCCACCACCUCCUCCACCUCCUCCACCAGCUGCAGCAACCAAAGCCUUCGAUCGAUUAUUCAAUGACCAAGAACAGUUUGAGCUUAAGAGACUCCCAAAUUUUGCAUUUCCUCCUGCGAAUCCAGAAAUUCAAAGCAAACAAAACAGGCAAGACGCUUUUGAAGAAUUGAGAAAACAUAGAAUCGCAAGAUUACGAGCUUUAUUUAGUUCAUUUAAUGCAGGCGUCCCUGCCGUUGGCGGUCUCAGCUUUUUUAAUCCAUCUAAGGAGUUUUCAUCAUUAACGCAGAAUGCAGGAAAUCAAAUUAAUUUUCCAAAUAGCGGUUUGAGUCCGAGGGAAAAUACUAACCAAUUUCCUAGUGAUAAUGAUAUAUUUAGUUCACCUCGACUAAGAGAAAAUACGGCUAAUAGUAACGGUAACAAUGUGAACCUCGCCAAUUCUAAUGCACAUAAAACUUCUGAAAACAUAAUUGAACAACCUGCUGAAACCGUGCGUCCAUUCAAUCCCCCGCCUUCACUAAAUCGUGACCCUGCCACACCUACACGAAUAGUUGAGGUUAGUAGAGUAGUGCCCGGUGGAGUCGCUCCUCCCCCUCCCCCUCCCCCUCAACUAGAUAAGUCCAUAAAUAGAGAUUCCACCUUCAUCAAAUUGUUUGGACAAAUAGGCACAAGAGAACCAGAAAGAUCAAAGAUUGGAUCUACGAAUACGGUAAACACAAAUACCAAUUCUGCAAACACAAACAACAAUUUUGCAAACACAAAUAAUAAUUUUGCAAACACAAAUAACAAUUUUGCAAACACAAAUAACAAUUUUGCAAACACAAAUAACAAUUUUGCAAGCACAAAUAACAAUUUUGCGAACACAAAUAACAAUUUUGCAAACACACAUACAAAUUUUGCAAACACGAAUACAAAUUUUGUAAACACAAAUACCAAUUCUGCAAACAGAAAAACUCAAUCCUCAAAUGUAAACAUCGGUACAAUCAAUACUGGAAAGCAACCAUUCGCUUGGCCUUAUCAGGUGCCAGGAUCGUCAGGCAGGUCCACGUCCUCUAAAACGGCCUCCGCCCAGAGAGUGGUUAGUAGUGUGGUCAACGAAGGACCUGCGCUUUCGAGCUGGCUGGAUACAACACCAUUCCUGAGCGAUUCUGCUGGUGGCCGAAUCAUUGAUACGUCGGCUAUGUCCUCCAUAUCCUCAUCUAAUACAAUAGAUAAGACAGGUGGUCAGGCGGCGUCGCGUAUAGGAAUACCUUUCGUUGGGUUAGGAGAUUUAGAUACUUUUAACAUUAAAGAAAAACCAGCCAAUACAGCAGAUAGGGUUUCGUCUGGUGGAAGUACAACUUCAACUGGAAGAAACAGAAGUCCCCCAGUAGUACCCGGGGUACCAUUGAACGCUGACACUGCGGUUCAAAAUCAUCCGAUGAAUGUAAAUAGCAAUCCAUUUUCAGCUAGACGUCCUGGUGUCCCAUCAUGGGACAGGACGGAUCCUGCACUUGUUGAGUUUGGGACAUCAAGCCGUUCAUCGAUGCCCUCAAAGAAUUUAGCUAAUACCUGGCGGAGCGCACAACUACCCAUUGCCAGUUCGAAGACUUCUCAGAAUUCUAGAUCUUCCGGAAUGCAACAAAACAAACCACCAACUAGAGAUCCUCCCUUUAUUUUUAAACCAAAGCCGUCAUCAAACCUAGGGAGAAACAUUUUUGAUAACCGACGACAAUCGUCUACCUCUGAUAUCCAGCAACCACCUCCUCCUCCAUCGAAAACGGAAGCUUCGUUGUUUAAUCCAUCCAAGUUUGAGCAACCUCCUCCUCCAAGAAACCUGCCUUUUUCAAACAUACCACCUCCUCCCCCACCACCUGGAAGGAUAGGUUAUGACGCCUCUGAAAUAUUUGCUAAGAUAACGGGUGCUUCAUUUGGGAGGUCAGGAACAGGUGAAAGUGUCAUUACAACCAAGCGUUCACCUAGAUUAAUAGAGGAUAGACUCUCUGCUAUGAAUGGCGACCCUGGCUGGGACAACACAUUCUUUAAUCAUCCAGCUGUUAAAAAGAACCCAUCAGGUAUUCACAAGCCUUUCGUAUUGCCAUCAGUUCCAAAGAGUUUUUUACCUGCUGCAGAAAAUAAUGUAAACCCCUUCCAAAACACCUAUCCCCUGGAAAGUUUAAAGACAGAAACGUUACCAGAAAUCUAUGCAUUAGUUACAACAACAGAAGAGGCACUAACAACAACAAUGUUUCCCGAAACAACGACGAUAGACACAUUACCGUCUAGCGUAGAUCCUCUAUCAGAUUACGCAACUGCUACAACAUUACCAGAUAGCUCUCCUGGAGAUGUUAGCUUUACCACUGAUACUAUAAAUAUCCCUACGGAAACAACAACAACAACAGUUCCUGUAGCUACUAUGAACGAAUAUGUUACUACUACAGUUCCAGUUGUCGAGUCUUCCACAAAUCCACUUAUCGAUCUUCAAGGAUCUAGCACACAGGCAAGUACCUCCAGUCCAUUUAUAGCUUCUAAUGCAGCCACCAGUUCGAAGAGGUUAAACCAAAUGCCAAAUCAGCCAAACCCAUCAUCUGUUGUGCCAAACACCGAACCUCUAUUGACCAGUAAAGCGCAGCCAGCAGACAAUCAGGCAAAACUAAGGGAGUUCACCAAUGCUGCAGAAAUCUGCCGAGACUGCAACUUCAUCAACGGCUAUUGUCGGCUUGAGUUACCUGGAAACUGUAACCGAUUCAUAGAAUGCUCCAAACAUGACAGAGAGGUGCGAGCGUUUGAAAAAGAAUGUUCUCAUGGUCUCUUCUGGCACCAAGGCAAUCUCACUUGCGAACGACCUCUCCGUGUUAAAUGCGAAUUCGACCCUUGUUUAAACCGUGGCGUGUCAAACCACACGUACAUAGGCAAAUGUCGGGCGUACUGGAGUUGUAAGCGCAGCUACUCCAGCGCUCGAUGCUGUGCCAAGGGGUACGGCUACGGACUUCAGGACGGCACGUACGGAUGUAUACCAAUGCCUGACUGCCAGGACGACGGACACUGUAUGUCCAAGGAGGAGAGGGCUAACCUUACACUAAUUAAUGCAAACAAACCUAAAGUGUGUACCUUGAUGAACCAUCCAACCGAUCCUUUCAAGUACAUGCGAGGUUCACACUCUCUACCAUGUGCUCCGGGCACGCGGUUUGAUCAGGAGGAAUGCACUUGCAUCACGAGUCAAGCGGCGCCCAUUUCAAGAGUGUGCGCAAAGGAUAUGUACCUGGAUUUCGAAGGCCUCAUGUCAACAGCGUUCAUGGACAAGUCCGGUCGUGGUAACACACUGUACCAGAACAAUGUCUGGACAGACGACCAGGGCAUCGCCAAGUUCAACAAAGACAGUACAAUCACGCUCUGGAAGUAUUCCAACCAGAACAUAGGAUCCUCUAUAGCUAUUACCUUCCGAUUUCUGUCGUAUCGCUACACCUCCCGGAUGCAGACAUUAUUAUCUAAUUGUGAUCAGCUAACCGGAAUCGCUGCAAUCGAUAUUACACUAGAUACAUGGAAGAGUGUCAUCGACUUUAAAAUUGAAACUACCCACAGUCCAGGGAAUAAAAUAUCUCUAGCGUACAAUCCUCUCCAAUGGAACAAUGUGACUUUGAUCUAUGAUGGAGGAAGUUUUGUUGCCGCUGUGGACGAUGCAUAUGAACUGAUGUUCAUCCAAGGUGAAAUCCCAAGUAAGCAUCCGCCCCUUGUGAUAGGAGGGUGCUCAGCUAAGAAAACGGAAGGCUUGCUCGGGUUUGUCGAUGAUGUAUCAAUAUACAACGGAUGCAUACCAGAAGAUCUUAAAAAUACCUAUCUCUUCGCCAGGAAAUAAUUCUUUUUCUGAAAAACUUGCGUGACUACCAAGCUCCGGGAAAUUAUUUCCUGCUCAAACCCAUACUACAGAGAAACAAUGGAAGAUAUAAAAAAAACUCGGUAAAGCUGGUACAUAGACGUGAUGUGUGUGUAUGUCUUACCGUUGAUGGUGAAAUAGGGAAAUAUGACAAGGUGAUACUUUGAAUACAACAUAUAUUCCUUGACCCAUAGGUAGACAUGAUGUAACAUGGUAUUAAUGAAAGUCCGGAAUGCAUUGUGCACAACGAGUUGUUUCCUAAUAAACGAGGAGAUGAAUGGCAGUAACACCUGCCAGACGUGAAAGAAAUAUGAUCAUACACGUGAAACGGAUUCCAUUUAUCUAACCCAUCUUACAAACAGAGAGGUGUUGAGAUAGUAACCGCGUUAGUUAACAGAAAUAUACGGUACAUUGUCUUGAAAUGAUAUUUUACUUUGUAACAAAGUUACUUGUGUAAUAUAAUUUAAAUAGCGUUUCUUAGAAAGCAAAAUAUUGCAUCCCGGUGUAAAUUACUCAUCCUACCUCUAGAUCACUUCAUCCAUAAGAUGUUUAACCCCCAUGUGACCAUGCAAACUCACGCGGCAGAAAGGUAAAUGGAUAGAAAUAUUUCCAAGAGCGAAAAUUAACACAGAAAUAUUUGCUACAGAUUUCUAUGUAAAAUUCAUUCAAACACAAGAUGUUGAAAAAACAUUUUUGAAUUAUACAGCAAGGAUCUGUUAGAUCAAAAAGAUAUCCUACAGACAAUUUGAUGUUGUUAAACAAUGUUUAUUUAUAUCAUUACAAUUAUCACGAUUAUCAUUAUCAUCAUUAACAUUGUCAUUUCAGUUAAUCAUUUAAUUUAAUCAAUAUUGAUUUUUUUUUGUAUCGAAAAAGUCAUUUUAUUAUACAUCCACAUGGGUAAAAUUGCUUCAGCUAUUGAAUAUACCAGCUCUUUUGUCUAUAUAUCAGAGUAUAGCAAAAUCGUAAUCAUGACAAAAUUGCAUUUUCCUGAGAGUAAAUGUUUCUAUACGUCAAAAAUGUGAAAGACAUUUACAUUUGAGGCUUUAUAAACUUUUCACAUUAUUGUCAAAUAUAUUGCUUUACCCCACAAAUAUUUUUUGUCUAUUUAAUGAGAGGCAUGACGACACAUGUCAACAUGGCGAAUCAGAGAGUGGCAUGAUGAAUAUUAGUACAAUGUUAAGGAAACAUUUCAAAAUUAUGUGAAACAAAGAUGAACUAUAGUUUACAUACAUCGAUAAUUUCCUAAAGUUCAUACUUAAUAUGAUAUGAUGGGUAUCAAAUCCAUUUAGUUAUUUUAUAUUUAAAUACCAUAUCCACUAUAUAAAACAAUGUGUUUAAAAUGUGUAUGACAUACGUCAUAGCAUCAAAGAUGACAUGUUUAACCCUAAACUUUAAAUCCUUCCAUGGGAAUUGUCACGUCGUUUAAUAACGUCUAAUAUGACGUCACAUGUAUGCAUGCCCUAUCAGAAUGUGACAUGUUGAAUAUUUGAAAUAUGCUAACUAAAUCAUUUAAAAAUCUCCUUCUUAUAUUGUAUUUGAAAUGAUUAUUAUAGAUAAAUAUGAACAUAUAUGAUCAUAAUGUAUUGUUAUAAUCAUCAGGUGGAACAGCACGACAGAAAUUAUUACACUAUAUAAUUUCUUGUAGAGACACGGCACUCCAUACGUCAUCUGGGAAAGGUGAUAUAGGCAAUACUGAAGUAGACUGCUCAUUUUACAUAUAUUGAUCAAUUUAUCACACUGUAAUUAUGCAUAUUGUGGAAAGGCGUUGAUUCUUUUCACUAUAAGCAUGUUUGGCAAAGCACAAAACAAUUAUUUAUUCAUAUGUUGCCAUUUUUGUACUGUAAAAGUUUUAAUGUCUUUGUUGGAACCAAAAUAAAAUUUAUCUUUGUGUG